GAUUUUGAAAAAGCAACUAUUAAUAUUAGUGGUUGCAAAUAUUCAACUAUUGGAUUAGUUAUACUAUAUUAUCAUGAUUUACUUGAUACAUUAGAAAAAUAUAUUAAUGAUUGUUCUAAUUUAAUUAUUAAAGAAGCAAUUAAAAAAGCCCAAACUAAAUUAAGCAAAUAUUAUUCAGAUGCUAAUAAUUACUAUGAAGAAAAUGGAUUUAAAAAAGAAUAUAUUAAAAUUUAUAAAAAUCAAAUUCAAGAAUUAUGGAAAUCUAAAUAUCAACCAACUGAAACUUCUAUUGCUAAAGAUAUAUCAGAUGAAAAUGUACCACAUAUUUUUAAAAAACAAAAAACUAUAUAUACUGAUGAAUUAGAUAUAUACUUAAGAAAUCCAACUGUAAAUCCAUAUAAAUUUAGUGAUAUAUUAUUAUGGUGGAAGGAUUAUUUAUCAGCUCAAACUACAAGUGUUUCUGCAGAAAGAGCAUUUUCAGCUGCUAAAGAAUUAAUUAUUUCUAGAAGAUGUAAUUUAAAUCCAACAACAAUUAGA